UAUCUGCUAGAACAAAGUUCACUCCCGCUGUUCUGUCGUCGGUUUCGUUAGGAUUACCAUAGUCACGAACGCUUGUUGAAUGCCGAUUUAACGCGUCACGACACUACUUUAGGACUCGUUGCGCUUUGCUUGUUGUUUAUUUCUGUAUUCUACGCUUCGCACUGAGUUGGACGGCUUCGCCAUGAGCGCGGUGUCUGAGGGUGUCUUUCUCUCGGCUCUGCAGCCAAACAACUCCAGCGUGAGCACGUACGCCUUGCCGGCCGAGACCGAGCUCCCGCACGGCGGCGCGUACUCAGACGAUGCAACGCGAAGCAAGCGCGUCCAGCAGCAGGUGGCCCAGAGACUGUCCGAGAAAUCCACCCUGACCCGGCGGAACAACUCCACCUCCGCACAGUACGCCACCACCACCUCCGCGCAGUACGCCACCACCGCCUCCGCGCAGUACCCCACCUCAGAGUAUGGUGGUUCUUCUACAAUGAUGAAGUACCAGACCUACAAUCCUAACUUCAGCUCAAAGUCCCAUAUGUACUCCAGCACCACCAGACCAGUAAUGGCCCACCGACCAUCUCAGCACAUCAGCAGUGGCUACUCAUCUCGCUCAGCCAUGGACUAUGGCACAAGAUCUCAGAUUAGUCGAGGGGCUGCUGGAGGACUAAUGUAUACCCAUGAUGACAUGGGUGCUAUGGCAGGAAUGGGUACCAUGGGGGGUGGCUACCAAGGUGGCCAGUCUCAGCAGUAUCAGAUGAGCACGACAAUGCGCUCCAUGAGCCAUGGGGUUCCUGAUGCAGACGUGGCAUCAUUGCACUCAUUACGCAUACAGUCCCUGCCUCAGCAGCAGGUUACCACUUGGAUGACCCGAAAUGGCAGUGAGGGAAGUCUGGCAUCAGACCAGGAUGCCACUUUCUCACGGCAGGAAGCAGGUUAUAACAUGAGCAAUGGUUAUGCAGCCACGUAUUCACACCCAUUCACUACGGUCAAUGACUUCAACUCUGGAGCCAGACAGGCUUCAGUGACUCUUCCAAUCAGACGUUCCCUCAGCGGAACCCUGGCCCGCAACGGAGGCUAUGGAGUCAACGUGGAGGAUGAGGCCUAUGUGCGUCAAUCCUACAAAGGUCCCUCACAGCGCACCAUCAGCAGGAUCACUCAGAGCCGUCAGAAUCGCAACUCGAUGUCAGCGGGGAGUAUGCAGGGAGGUGCCAGCACAGGGGGCUUUGUGAUUGGUGGAAGCUCCCAGGGUACACUGAUAAAGCAGGGAAGGAUAUCUCGUGCUCCUUCCAUGAGGAGUGUGAUCAGUGUGGGCAGAGGCAAGGACGUGUUUGAUGGCUUGGAUAUGACCGGCAGCCUGGGCAAUCUGAGCGGAUUGAGUUCUCUGGACAUGCCAACUGCUGUGAAAUACCUAAGCUCCCCUGACAAAGACGAGCAAAUACUUGGAGCUGCUUACAUCCAGCAUGAGUGCUACAGCAGCAAAGAGGCCAAGAAACAAGUGAACCAGCUGAAAGGCAUCCCCCCACUGGUUGAAUUAUUUACCAGUGAGGCUCAGAGGGUGCAGCAGUAUGCCACUGGAGCAGCCAGGAACCUCAUCUAUGAGAACAUGGAAAACAAAGUGGCUCUUAUUGAGGCUGGAGGAAUCCCUAAGCUUAUGGAAGCUCUGAAAGAACCAGAUGAUGAACUUCAAAAGAACAUCACUGGUAUUCUGUGGAAUCUCUCCUCUAAAGACAACCUGAAAGAGAAGUUGGCGAGGGAGACACUUCGAAAACUGACUGAAGAGAUACUGAUUCCUCUCUCAGGCACUGGAGAAAGAGAAAUAAUUGAGCACACAGAUUCAGAAGCAGACAUCUUCUUCAAUACUACUGGAUGCCUCAGGAACCUAAGUUCGAUAAAUGCAGUGACCCGUCAGCAGAUGAGGGAUACUCAUGGACUAAUUGAUGCCCUGGUGGGCUACCUUCAGAAAGCAGUGGAAGACAGCAGAGUAGAUCAGAAGGGAGUGGAGAAUGUUGUGUGUGUGAUGAGGAACCUGUCCUAUCAGCUGUACGAUGAGAUUCCCCCCUCAACCUUGAUGCGCUUGGAGGGCACCAGUCGAAAUCAGACUGCCUCUAAAGGAGAGCCUAUUGGCUGCUUCUCUCCUCAGAGCAAGAAGGCAAAAGAUAGACAGAAUCAAGACCUGUCUACAUUCACCGAGGUGGCCCGGGUGCCUAAGGGAUGUGAGUGGCUGUGGCACCCAAAAGUGAUAGGGCUCUAUAACCUUGUCCUUUCACGCUGUGAAUCAAACACAACCACACGAGAGGCUGCUGCUGGAGCUCUGCAGAACAUUACUGCUGGAGACAGAAGGUGGCCAUCCAUCCUGAGUCGUGUUGCUUUAGAACAUGAGCGCAUGUUGCCUACAAUUCUGGAUAAACUCAAGGCGACCAACGAUCUAGAACUGCGGUCUGUCACAGGCUUCCUCAGGAACCUGUCCCGUCACUGCAAGGACAAGAACGCUCUGGCUCCUAAGUUGGUGUCACACUUAGUGGCAAUAUUGCCAGACGAUGGCACUCAGAAGACCCCUUCCCCUGACGUGGUGAUAAAUGUCUGUGGUGCACUUAACAACCUCGUAAGCUGUAGCGAGGUGGCUGCACGAGACAUAGCCUUUUUUGAUGGAUUGCCCAAGCUGACAGGCAUCAAGAAUUCUCAUGAUAGCAGUCAAAUGAAACAGAAGCAAGCCAGAGCAGCAGCUACGGUCCUUUGCAACAUGUUCCAGUAUAAAAAACUACACAAAGAUUACAAAAAGAAAGGAUUCCAGAAAGAGGAUUUUUCAGAGCUGAGCUUCUAAAUAAAGACUGAAACCAUGUGGAUGUAAAUGCAUAAAUGUAAAUGAGGAAUGGAAUGACAAAAGAACAGAAACCCAGAGCUGAAUAUUUCAGCUGUGACUUUUGGCUACUUCAACACAACCUGUCCUAGAAUACAGGAAGGCCAUAUCUGUAAACCAUCAGCAUAAUUAAAUUAAAAGUAUGCUGUUCUAAUACUGGACUUGAUUGAUGGAGGAUGCACCUUAAUUCAGUUCCUGUAGACCUCGAUUUUUCCUUCUCUUCAGGGAUUUUUGGCCACUGUUUUUUUUUUUUUCUCUCUCUGGCCACUCUCAGCAGUGUGCAGGACGAUUAUGGACUGUUGUGUUUCUGUUUUCCCAAUAACAUGGGCAGUGCCCUUUCUUAGCAUAUGGUAGUUUAUGGGAUUAAUUUCUUUUUAUAUUUUUGAAUUGUAAACUACUGUGACUGGGUUUUCCCCCCUUAAACAUCAGGACUGACAUCUGGGGGAUCUGGUUGUGGGAUUUAACAAAAAUGUGAGCAGGAUGCUAAAUAUUUCUAGACUUCACCAAAUACAUGCUGUAACUGUUUCAGAAUUGCCAUAAUGUUUUGUUAAUGGGUCUGUAUUGUUAUAUUGAGCCUUUAAGUAAAAGGCUAUGUCUCAAUACUUGCACUGUGCAUAAUGGUUAUGAGCAUACACAAUUUACAUUACUAUCUAGUACCAGGAUUUGUAGAAUAGUUAGGGUAGUGUCAAAUGAAGCAUUGUCUACCACUAAAUGGCAUUUUGUGUGUCUUUUCAGUCAUUUAGAGCAAAUGUAAAUGUCAGGUGUAAAAAUUUGUCAUCUUUACUUUCUUGUGCUAUUCUAAUACAUCAUGAGAAUAUUUAUUCUACCCUGCAUCAUCUCACUGAGUUCACAAAUGCUUGCAGUGAAGACAUUUAGACAGAGUUACAAAAGCAGGCUAAACAUAAGAGAAUAUAAGUCCUGUUCUGACCAACGAUAACGGAUAUAUUUCAUGGUGUUGUAGUGUUGUAGUAAAAAUCCUUAUGAAUGUAAAUUGUCAAAUUGUUGCUCUCUGUUUCCAUUCAAAGCAGCUAUAUAUAUAUAGAUAUAGAUAUAGAUAUAGAUAUAGAUAUAGAUAUAGAUAUAGAUAUAGAUAUCUUUGCUUAAGACUUUUUUUGCAAUGUUGUACAAGUAACUUUCAGCAACAGUAACUUGCCUGCAAAUUUUCUAGAAAUUAUCUUUCAUUUUAAGAAUUUUUCUCUUAUAAAACCUGAAUGUUUGGGAUAUAUGAUUGGAUAUAUGGAGUGAUUGAAUAUAUGGAGUGGUGUCUAUGAAAUAACUAUGCAUUUUGUACUACUUUCUAGACAUUGUAAUAAUUUCUUUUUAUUUUAUUUUAUUUUAGGGGAAUUUAUGUGAAAUGAUGAGGGUGUGUUCAAUUUGCUAAAUUCUGUAGUGAGAUUUGUCAAGGUUAUGACUAAUAUACACUGCCUGUUUUAUACAAUUCUAUGCGAGCACAUUCUUAGUUGUAAUAUGUUGCCUUAAUGAAAAUAAAUAAAAUAUUAUCUGAUGGA